AUGUCUGUAUGCAUGUUUUAUUUAAUCGUAAAAACUUUGUUUACAGACCAAAUAAAAUGCCAAACAUAAGCAUAUGUAUAAUAUAAGACUCAACCUAAUUUUAAAAUUAAGCCUAAAACUGGGCCUUCAAUUAUUUCUUUGUUUUAGUUUAAUUAUAAUUAUAAUUCUAAGCCCAAGCCUAAACCUGCCCCUAAGCCUAAUCGUAAAAAUAAGAAUAAGCCUGAGCCUAAACCUAAGCCUAAGCCAAAGCCAAAGCCUAAGCCUAAGUCUAAGCCUAAGCCUAAACCUAAACCUAAGCCUAAGCAUAAGCCCAAGCCUAAGCCUAAGCCUAAGCCUAAUCCUAAGCCUAAGCAUGAGUCAAAACCUAAACUUAAGCUUUAUCCUCAGUCGAAUCCUAAGCCUAAUCCUAAGCUUAUGCUUAGAUCUAAGCCUAUCUUUAAGCCCUACAAUAAAAGUAAGAUUUAAGUUAAAGUCUAGGUCAGGACUAAGCGUAGGAUUGCAUUUACAGCAAAAGCUAGAUGCAAGGCUAGAGUUAGGGCUACGAACACGGCCAAAGCCAAGGCCUGAGUCAGCGCCAGAGUCAGGACCAAUGCCAACGCCAGGGUAAAGGCCAGGACCAGGACUAGGACCAGGACCAGGACCAGGACCAGGACCAGGACCAGGACCAGGACCAGGACCAGGGCCAGAACCAGGACCAGGACCAAAGCCACGGCCAGGGCUCUUUUAG